AGUGCAGAAGGCUUGAAGUUGAACUCAAGUAACUGUUGAAGCUGUGGAAUGAAUCAAAAGAAACGGAGAAGACAGAACCAGCACAAUUUUUUAAAUGUCAGAAGCAAAACGACUCGGCUCGGGCAUCGAAGUGACCAUACUGUACUGUAGGCAUAGUUGGUGACAGCGAGGUGGCCGACAGCAUCUACACGACUGUAUCAUAGUAGAAAAAGCGUCCAAACGCACCAAAGCUGAGAAGGCGGUGCGAACGAUAAACCUCUGCCUAUCGCUAUAGCCCAGGAGUUUGUGAACCCAUUGUCGCUGCUGCGCCAGGGCUACAUGCCAGUGUGGGUGCUAUGGCAGAGGAGACAAGGAGACCGUCGAAGAGGGCAGCUGCCGCAACUCCCGCUACAGGCCCUGGCCGACAGGAAGAGGUCGCAGAUGAAGAUGCCUUGUACGAUCAGCUGAGAGAGGUGCUACCUUCCAGCGGACUGCUGCACUAUUCACUGGACACACCCUCCGUACUGUGCAAACCCAAGAUCAUGGCUAUGAAGUCGUACACACUGCAGAGAAUGGAAGAGAUCCAAGAGCAGGCACAAGAAACCUUGCGGCAGCAGGAGAUGGAAGAACAAGCAAGACAGGAAGAAGCUACGGCGUUGGAGGCAGCGGCUGCAGCGCGAGAGGCUGCCGAGGCAGCUACUGACGCCAAGGCAUCCAUGGAUGCCGCCAGUGAAGCCUCGUCGAGCGCAGGAGAUGCAGUUGCCGCUCUGCUCAGUGCUGCCGGAACAAGCAGUGUGAGAGACCGAGAGGAUGUAAAUUCACCCGAGCAGCCUGUUCCUUCAGCACCACCUGCUCCUGAAUGAAGCAUGGUCACAGACUCACAGUGCAGCACUACAGUAUGUCAAAGGUACGCGCUAGUGGGCAGGUGGUGCUUGUGCUUCCCAGCAUUGAUUUAGAGGAAUAACCCAUGAUCAUGGAGUACACCACCUGAUGCUGCUCAAAGGUAUACAAUACUCUUCUAAAGGCUAAUUUGAGUGCCGCAGACAAGAAGGUGCAUUUUGAGUUUAUCUUGACUCUCAUAUAUCUACUAAAUCCAAGCCACCAGCUGCCACAGCCACCUGGACACAUGUCAGUCACUGCACAGGACCAUUACGAUUAUGUCACUGGUGCAUCUGCGGCUUGUCUUUCCCUGCCCGGCUGGUACGUGUUGACAACGAUGCAGGACUGUUUAGUCACUGAUUUUUUGAAUCGCAGGGACAGCAUGCUGCACACCCCUGAUGCUUGUGAUGGUGUGAUCCCCACGUAAUAGCAUUUCGUUUCCGGCACAACAUGUGGACUCUGGUACUUCAAAGUAGAUCGGUGCUGUCCCAAGUUGGUUGCUUCCCAUUCCUCCUGCCAAGAGGCUGGUGGGCAUUGUGAACUCUUGGUACUCACAGUACAGUGUAAUAGAGUAUCGUUACCUCACACAGGUUGAACUUUUGUCGCGUGCAUAUUGAGCAUUGCUGCUCCCAUUCCACAGCUAGCUUAUCAAAUCACCGUGAGUCAAUUCGUCACACCUGCAUUGUCAUGUGAACAAUUUUUCUUGAACCUGUGUGCAUAUCUUGUGUUCUGUGUGGUUCUCAGACACUCACAUCAUAGCUGUGAUGUUAUUGAA